AUGAUAGAAUUCGAUCCUCCCUUAAUUUGUGCUAAACACGGAGAAAAGAUUGAUGUUUACUGUAAGAACCCUGAGUGCAAACUAGAGACAAGAAUAUGCUGUAACACUUGUGCAUAAAUUUAUCAUAAUCAUCAAACUACAAGAAUUUGGGAAUUGAAAAAUGUUUUUAAUAGUGCUAUCUCAACUCUUAAAGAAAAAGAGUAAAAGACUUAGGAUAUACUUGAAUAAAUUAAAAACAAAACCUAAGAACUAAGUAAAUAAAUUAACAAAUAAACCUCCUUCUUGUAAGAAUUAAUUGAUGCUCCUUAAUGUCAGACAUUUACAAAUUUAAUAGAAGGCAUAAAGAUCUCUAACCCACAAAAUUUGACUUUGAUUUCGGAAACUGUCUAAAAGUGUGGAAGUCAUCCUAUUUUAGAUUUCUGUAUCAAAUCUAAAACAACUAAUUAUGUAAAACUACUUGAACAGAAUAAAGAGUAAGAGGCAAAAUAGGUUCUAAAGGAUAUAAUUGAUAGAUACUAACAUAAUGAAAUAUAUAAACUAGAAAUGAAACGAUUAAAUGGUGAAAUAAUCCAAUUAAUUCCUCAUUUAAUAAUUCAAUACUAAAGUUUCCUGGAACAUGAUUAAAACGCAAAAGAAGCUCUUAAAAUUCUGGAUUAACUACUCGAAAGAGAUAAAGGCAAUUUUAUUUAUUAAAGAGAAAGAGCACGCCUUGUUCGUUAGACUAUAGAAUACUCAGUAGCAGAUGAUAAUUUUUUCAAUGGAAACUAUAAAGCAUCAGUUCAAGAUUGUGACAAAUUGUUAUAAAUAAGAAAAGACUCCAGAAUAUGUUAUCAAAAAGGACUCUCCUUAUUUUACUUAAAAUAAUAUGAUAAUUCUAUAAAUUCUAUCAAUUAGGCGAUUGAGAUCGAUAUUGAAAACAUUCAGUAUCAUAUAUCGAAAAUCCAAUUGUUAUUUGCAAAAAAGGAUAUAGAGAAUCUUAAGGUGGAGGCACUAGAUUUGAAAAAUUACUGUGAUUCUAUUUAACAAGUAAUUAAUGGAUAAAUUCUAUUUUUAUAAGAAGAAUAUGAAAAAGCAUAGAGGUGCUUUGAAGAAGCAAUAUCGAGUAAUUAUUUUUCAUAUGAAGCUCAUUUUUUAAGAGCUUUGUGUUUAUCUAAAGUUCUCAAUACAAAUGAAAUGAUUAUUACUCCUGAGUAGAUAUUAUAAAAUAAUAAGAAUGAUUUGCCUAGUGACAUGAAUAAGUUCAGGAAAUAUUAUUGUAUGUAUUUAGAAGGCUAUAAUUAUUAAAACAAUCAAUUUCAAUUAAGUCCUGGAAGAUUAAACUAAUUUUAUCAACCCCUAAUGCAAUAACAAUCAAAUGGCAAUCAAACAAAUAAUAUAACACUUGGGAAAUAAUGACAAAUUUAAUUAUAUUCCAAUUAGGUGUUAGAACUUAUGUAAUUUUUAAAGUCAAUUUUCUUG